GCAGAGGACCGAACCCGGGGAGCGGCGUGGCGGCUGGGAGCCUCUGGCGGCCCCGGCCCCUCAACCGAGGGAGCGCCUCGCGAGGUAAGGCGCGCGCCUGGCCGGCUCCCUCGGCAUGCCCGCGCCCGCUCCGAAUUCAACCUCGUCCCGCCGGGGGCUAAGCUCAGAGCCCACGGAACUUCCCAGCCCGGGGUCGGCGACGAGGAUCGACCCGUAAAACAGCACGCAGGGCCGGCUUGCUUGCUCGCUUGCUUGAUUGCAGCAGAUGCCUACUACUUGCGACAGGCAGCAGCCUGCAAAGCUUGAGUCUAUGGAAACGGUUGCCAGAGUCGGCGACCAGCGGCUUCCGCAAGUCCUUUGUCGCUUUGAUAACUAUGGAGCGACGGGACCAAUACGGCGCUCCUUCCGGUUUCGUUCCCGCUCGCCGCGUUCUUCUUUACCAAGUUUGCCUUUGACCCCGGAAGUGAGGUCUUCCGCGUUCCUCCCUCCCGCAAGAUGGCAACAGCCGAAGACGAGUUACUGCUACCGCGGCUCCCCGAGCUGUUCGAAACCAGCAAACAGCUUCUAGACGAAGUGGAAGUAGCGACUGAACCCACCGGUUCCCGAGUGAUCCAGGAAAAGGUGGUCAAGGGACUAGACCUCCUUAAGAAGGCUGCCGAAAUGUUAUCGCAGCUCGACUUGUUCAGCCGAAAUGAAGAUUUGGAAGAGAUUGCUUCCACCGACCUGAAGUACCUGAUGGUGCCAGCAUUUCAAGGAGCACUCACCAUGAAACAAGUCAACCCCAGCAAGCGUCUAGAUCAUUUGCAGUGGGCUCGAGAACACUUUUUAAACUACUUAAUUCAGUGCCGGUACUAUCAUGUGGCAGAGUUUGAGCUGCCCAAAACCAAGAACAACUCAACUGAUAAUAACACUGCUAGUUCCUCCAUGGCCUAUCCUAGCCUUGCUGAUAUGGCAUCUCAAAGACAAGCUAAAAUAGAGAGAUACAAGCAGAAGAAGGAAUUGGAGCAUAGGUUGUCCGCACUGAAAUCUGCUGUGGAAAGUGGUCAAGCAGACGAUGAGCAUGUUCGUGAAUAUUACCUCCUUCACCUUCGAAGGUGGAUUGGUAUCAGCUUGGAAGAGAUUGAGAGCAUUGACCAGGAGAUGAAGAUCCUGAGAGAAAAAGACUCCUCAGCAGAGGCAUCAACUUCUCAUUCACCUCGUCAGGACAGGCCUCCAAUGAAACCCUUUGUUCUCACUCGGAAUGCGGCCCAAGCCAAAGUAUUUGGAGCUGGUUAUCCAAGUCUGGCAUCUAUGACGGUGAAUGACUGGUAUGAUCAGCAUCGGAAAUUUGGAGCAUUACCAGAUCAGGGCAUAGCCAAGACACCACCAGAGCUCAAAAGAAGUGUUCAGCACCAGGAGGAUGAGGAACACAAGGAGGAGGUUGAGGAUGAUGAGCAGACACUCCGCAGAGCUCGGGAGUGGGAUGACUGGAAGGACACCCAUCCUAGGGGCUAUGGCAACCGACAGAACAUGGGCUAGUCCUCCCACCACAAGACAGGACUACAGGGGUCACAUCUCCCCUGCCAAGGAAAGCGGCGCCGUCUUCCCCUCCCUGAGCUCCUGCUUCAGCUGCAUACAACGAAGGCAAAGAUGCUCAGUCUUGCUUUGCAAAGUUCAAUAAAGUGUCAACCAAUAGGCGUGUAUUUGUAACCCUAGGUGACGAGCCAGCAAUCUUGUUUUGGCAUUCUCCUCCUCCUCGUGGUGUAUUCCAGCUCCUUAAGUGGAGAGAAAAGAGUACUGAGAAGUGGCUCUGUAUAAUCAGUGGCUGUAUGAAUUCUCUUAAAAAAAAAUGAUAGUAAUAAUAAAAGUCCAUUCUGUUACAUGAGCCUGUGCAGAAA